CGCGGCCAUUGCCCGAGGGCGAUGCGUGGGCCUAGUACGAACCAGUCUGAACCAGUAAGGGAGAAGUGGCGCCACUAAAGGCACCAGUGACACCAGCAAAGACCAGUAGGAGAGGAGAACGGACCAGUACAAACCAGUAUGGGACCAGUGAGAGGGAAAUGGCACCAGGGAAACCAUUUAUGAGAGGAGAGGGCCCCAAUUCCUCAAAGUCGAAGUGAUCGCUGUGCAUUGUGGGUACCGAGGCAAAAUACUCGUCGAUAUACCGAGGCGGAAAUAACGGAAAGUUCCCUGGUGGACCGCAAGGCACGCGACUCGACCUUGCCCAAACUUCCCCUCACGUAGCGCAGUGCAUUGUGGGUACCGAGGCAAACCGGCCGCCAUUUUUAUGAGGCGAACGCUGAAACGCUCUUUCUCGCAAUGCAUUGUGGGUAUCGAGGCAAAAAUACUUACUCUAACCGAGGCGGAAGUGCUUGCGUCUUACCGGAAGUGACCCCGGGGCAUUGUGGGACGGCGAUGGCGGCCAUGAGGGCGGUGUAUUUGCUGCGCUCCGCCGCUCCCCGGGGCCGCUGCCGGGGCCGAACCUACGUGGGCUUCACGGUGGAUCCGCGGCGGCGCCUCCGGCAGCACAACGGCGGCAGGAGGAGAGGGGGAGCCCGCAGGACCAGCGGGAGAGGGCCCUGGGAAAUGGAACUUUUCGUCCACGGCUUCCCCUCCGACGUCGCCGCCCUCAGAUUUGAGUGGGCGUGGCAACAUCCUAACUCCUCCCGCCGCCUCUUGGCCCCGCCCACUCGCCGCCCUCGGGAGCAGCCAAUCAGCUUCGCCCUCCGCCUCUUGCCCCGCCUCCUUCGGGCCCCACCCUGGUCCCGCCUCCCGUUAAAAAUCCGCUGGCUCCGCCCACCUCGCCCCGCCCUGGAGUUGGCUCCGCCUACUCACAUGGAGGAGGAGGAGGGGGCGGGGCUGCCACGCCUUAAAAGGAAAAAGGGGCGGAGUCAAGAGUUGGAGAUGGACGAUUGUGGGUGUGGCCUGUGUGGGGAGACACAGGCCACGCCCCUUUUGCGCUGUCCCCGCCCCCAGUGCGACAUGGCCGCCCAUCCCCCCUGCCUGGCCCGGCUCUUCCUGGCCCCGGAGCCGCAGCAGCUGCUGCCAGUGGGGGGCACCUGCCCCAGGUGCCACACCCACCUCCUCUGGGGAGAUCUGAUUCGUCGCUGCCUGGGAGAGGCGGAGCCUGAAGAGGAAUGGGCGGAGCCUGAUGACAUCACCAUCCCAAGCUCCGCCCCCACAUAAAGCCACACCCACAUUUGCAUUUUUACCUUUUAAAAUUUAUUUAUUUGUAAUAAAACUUAUUUAUUAUUAAAAAAUAA